AUGAUUCCCUUUAGGAAACCUACAAAGACAUCACCCAAGGAUUCGACGUUGCCCUUGAGAAAGCAAGGAAGCUUGGGAGCCGUCAGACCUGCUGCGAAAUGGAUCACGACCCUUCUGUGGAUAACUGCUUUUGGGACGUUCAUCUGGGGAGGAAUCGUCGACGCAAUUAAGGACCGCGUCGACGGAGUAUGGGCGGACAAUGCUUUGCACAGAGGGUCUUGGAUCGACUUUGGUUUCGAUACUUAUGCGCUCCACGAAGCUUCCUAUGUGGUGUACUUCAACUCGAUUGCGAUCUCACUCGCAAUUCAGCUAAUCUCCACUUUCUCCCUGCACUGUACCGAACUGUUAGUCAACGCAACCCGUGACGAGAAGACCAGGCGGCGCGCUGCAAAUCUCAAGGGCAAGGGGGCAAUGAUCAGUCGUGGUGCAAUCAAAGAGGCGUGCACGAGUUGGGAGACGAUCUCGCUCUUCAUCAUCAAGACUGCCGUCCAUUGGGCGUUCGGUGAAUCGCCCAGUGUAUCUUUCUCAGCCCAAGGCACGUCAGAGUUUCUCAUGUGGCCAAAUGCGUUGUUUGUGCUAGGCGCCAUGAUGAUCGUCGCUGCAGUCUUCUCAACAUUCUUAUGCUAUAGACGGUACUCAGGGCCCCAACCUGCAGCUUAUGGACACCUUCAAACAAUAGUAAAUUUCAUAGAUGAGUGGGGACCUGAUGGGCGGCCUCUCUAUUGGGGAGAUAAAGGUCCUGUGGCUUGGGGAGCUGGAUGGGAGGUCCGACAUGCUGGGACAGCUGGCGAGGCUUCUGCGGUGGCACCUAUUCGGAUGGACGCCAGAUACACGUAA